AUGCCAAGGAAACGGGGUAGAUUUCAGUUCUUAAGUGAAAAAUGACAAAUAAAAAUUCAUGAUAGAGAAUGGUCCAUGAAGGAUCCAAAUAAAGAUAAUUAAUGGAAUGACAUAUUGAAAGAUUUUGGAAUUCUUCCUCCAAAAGAAAAACUGAAAGAUGAAAUUGAAGAAAUGGUUUUACACUCGCAGAAAGAAGCACAGGGCAAGCAACAAGACUUGCAAGAAUGGAAAUGUCUUCAGAGGAGGCAAAAGUAUGGGGAACUAAGAGAAAGCUGCAGAAAGCAGUAUAUAAAUGAAGUUACAAAUGCUCCAGAGGAUGUUUGGGUUAUAAUUCAUCUUUAUUGCAUCCCAAUGUGUUUACUGGUUAAUGAACACCUCAACCUGCUAGCCUGGAAGUUUCCAGAAGUCAGGUUUCUCAAAGCCAUUGUAAAUUUCUGCAUUCAGAAUUACCAUGAUAUAUACAGUACUUGUAUAUAAACUAGUGAAAUAAAAGGCAGGUUCAUUGGAGUAGCUGAAUGUAGGAGAAUAAACUGUAACUUGUUUUUACGAGAGUUCAAUUGAAAAUUAGCAGAAGUUGGAGCAACAAAAAAAGAACAAAAUCCCCAAAAGGACAUUAUGAAUAUGAUACUGCCAGUGUGAAGCACUUCUGCUCAUGAAGACACCAAUACAAAAACCAGUGACGUGAUGAAACUGCUUGAGAGCCUUUUAAUGCUUUAUCAUCUUUACACCACUUUAUGCACACCCAUAAAAGAAAUCACGGACUACCGCCGGGAGGGGUUCCUUGAACCCCUAAAUAACUCGGGAAGCACGUCUGUUCCCAGAGAGCAUCCGGGACGCCGGGUGUUUCCCUAUGGGAAGGCGCGUGUGCCCGCGUUCCGCGCCGGGUUCAUCGUGUCGCUGGGAAAGCGCCUGCGGAGACUCGGCUACGGGCUCUACGCCCGCCUGAAGACCAACCCUCGCAGCAGCGUCGCCGCUCUCCUGGUCGCAGCCCGGCGAGCCCUGGCGCUCGGAGCCGGCGGGUCAGAGCUGCCGGCUCUGUCCGCGCCGGGCGGUGUCGGCGGACGCCAUUUCCCGGCGCGCGGGGCGCGGCGGCGGCAGCAGCGGCGACGACGGCCCCGCGCGAGGCCCGGGGUGCCGCGGGUUGCAGUGCGCCUCGGCGCACGCGCGGUGGCGCGAGGUGCCGCGGCGGCCGGCGGCGGUGGGUGCUCGGCGGCGCAGGCGCAGUGGCGGCGUGGGGACUCCCGGGCCCGGGUGCUGCUGGUGCCGCCGCCGGAGCAGCAGCAGCAGCAGUAG